GGAUUAGAGAAGCAAGGCGGGCCUCAACUCACACUGUGCUACACUUUCUCAUAAGCGGAAAAACACUUUUCAACACAGGGCACUUUACAUGCCUAUAGCUUCACAAAAGAUUAAACAAAAAGAUUCAUAAUCUUCUCCGUUCUGACUAGCGAAUCGGUUGCACGUUUUUGAGAUGACGACAGCGGGCUGAGCGAACGUUUGAGCGCGUCCGCGAUGGGGCGCAAGUUGGACCUGUCCGGCCUGAGCGACGACGAGGCCGAGCACGUGCUACAGGUGGUGCAGCGCGACAUGAGGCUGCGCAAGAAAGAGGAGGAGCGUCUCAGCGAGCUGAAGCAGGCGCUGGACGAGGAGGGCAGUCGCUGCCUGCUGCUGUCACGCCAGCGUUGCUUCAACCAGCGCUGCUGCAUCCGCUGCUGCGCGCCCUUCAGCUUCCUGCUGAACCCCAAGCGCCGGUGUCGCGACUGCCUGUACAACGUGUGCAAGGCCUGCAGAAUCUACAGCAAGGCCGACAAAGCCUGGCUCUGCUGCGCCUGCCAGAAGAGCAGGUCGCUAAAGAAACAGUCACUGGAUUGGUUCUACGUGCACGUGAAGGGACGCUUCAAGCGCUUCGGCAGCGCCAAAGUGCUGAAGACCAUCUACAGGAGACACUUGGCCGAGCACAGUCCAGUUUCGGAGCUCACGGAGGGGAGUGCCUACGAGGAGAGCAUCUGCAAUGAAGGCAGCAUCUGCGGCAGUGACGCCACUUUCUACAGACAAACUGAAGAGCACAGCAUGGCAGAGACGCUCACUGUGGCCUUGCGGGUGGCGGAGGAGGCCGUAGACGAGGCCAUUUCCAACGCAGAGUUUGACGCUGCCAGUCAGGAGAAUCAGAAUGAAGCCCACUACCUGCGUGAGCACAGAGGAGAGCUCAUUGAGGAGCUGGCCAAAACAAUCAUGCAAAAGAUCAUCUCUAGGAGGAAGACCUCGGCUGACGUGAGGGACGAGUACGAACAGGAGGGGGCGCUGGAGCAGGGCGUCCAUCACCAUGGCGACCAGGCUGACGGCGCUUUUAAACACCUCAAAGGCCUCUGGAGGUCGCAGUCUGCCUUCUCGCUGAUGGACGACAACCGAGACACUCGUCAGACGUCACCCAGGGAAGGAGGAUCGGCCGUGUCUUCCUGGACCAGCGUCGAGCGUUUGGAAAACGCUGGAUGCGUGUCCUCUGUGCUGAAGAGUCCAGACGGCAACUGGAUCGCCCUGCAGAGUGCUCAGCUGUCGCGGCCAAGCCUGCUGGCCAAGAGGAAAAGUCUGGUCUACAGCGCCUUGGAGAGGGAGUCGGGAGCGGUGUCCGCUUACGAGGGCAUGGACUCUGACAACGAAGCCAAACCUGAGCCCGACACAACCUGGGGCGCCAUCCUGCAGGAGUUCCACAGGAAGCUGACGGGCUCCAAAGUCCGUCGAGAUGCUGACAACAGAAAAGACGCUCGGUCGGACUCCGAGGGGAAGCUUCAAAAGUCUCCGGUGGCUAAUAUCUGCAAGAGGCAGAUGCCUGAAGUCAGACGGCCGUCAUCUCAAAGGGCCAGCAUCAUCGACAUCGACUUCAACGGGAAAGCCACCGCGGACGAGAGUGGAGUGGGAAGUGAGGCGGCAUCUGGAAAAGCGAAGAGAUCACGAAAGAAGAGAAGAAGUAAAAGAAGAGCAACACUUUCUGGACCUCUUCUGAAAGAUUACAACAAGAAAGACGUCCAUUCCUGUCCUCACUCUGACGCCGACACUCCUGACACACUGACUCCUGAUCUGCUCCACCAGGAUUUGGACAUCAGUCAAGUGAACCAGGACCUUACGUUGGAUGCACCACAACCUGCAGAACACAUCUCCAACUCCUCGGGUAGGGAUGAAGGUCAUUGUGACACUAAAGACAACUGUGAGGCACAGGAGAAGGAAAGAAGAAGCCAAGAUGAAGAAGAGAAGAUGGAGGUGGACUUGGCUGGAGAGAGAGGAGAGGAUGCAAAAGAGGAUGAGGAGGAUGAGGAGGAGGUAAAAUCUAGGUUGUACAAGCUGGUGGCAAAGUCCAGACUGGCGUACUUCUCGUCCACCGACAACGAACUGGACCGAGCGGGAAUGAGUGAGGAGGACCGAGGGUGUGAUGGUGAAGGUCAGAAGGAAGAGAUCGAAGGACUAACACACAAACUCUGCCAGUUGGAGAAAGAAGUCCGAGCAACCAUGUUCUCCUCCACAGAGGACGAGCUGGACCGAGUCACAGAUGAGGAGGUGAAGAAGGAUGAGGAGGAGGAGGAAGAAGAGGAGCUGGCGGUGAAAGUCUGCCGGUUGGCCACCCAAGCGGGCGCCACCCAGUUUUCAUCUACCGAGGACGAGCUAGACCGCGAGGAAGCGGCUCACGAGGAGACGCUGUGGAGGCUGCAGAAGGACAAUGCGGCGCAGGCCACUCAGGUGCGCCACCUGGCCAGUCUGGUAAGCGCCUCACAGUUCUCCUCCACCGAGGACGAGCUGGAUCGAGUCGGGGAGGACGAGGGACAGAUGAUGCGGGGAGAGGAGCUGUGGAGAGAAGUGGCGGGAGGACAUUGGGAAUCCAUGGGAGAGGAACCAGUAGAAGAACCAAUGAGCGAUCAUCUUUCAGAUCCAAUGGAAGAAAUGGAUGGUGAUGAGAUGUUAUCAGAAGAGGAGGAGGAAAUAAUGAGAGAGAAACAGGAUAAGUCAGAGGUGAAACAGUCAGAUCAGAGAGGAGGACAGAAGGUGGAAGAAGAAGACCAACGAGAUGACGGCGCUGGGAAGUGGGAGAGCGAAGAUGAAGAUGUCGAGUUCGAUAAAAUAAUCAGCGGCAUGUUGACAAUGACAUUGGAGGACAUGCAGCAACAAGCCAAGACCGAGGAGAAGAAAGAGGACAGAAAGACAGACGGGAAGAGGAACAAGGAUGCAAAGAUUGACAAAGAGAGGAAAAAUAUUACGAUGACGAUGAAGGAGGACUCAAAGACAGAUGAAUGGAAGAGUGAGGAUACAAAGAUAGAUGAUGAAAGGGAAGAGGAUGAAAAGACAAACGAGCAACAGAACAAGGACACAAAGACUGAAGUAGAGAGGAAAGAUGAUACGAUGACCAAUGAGGAAAGGAACGAGGACACAAGGACAGAGGAGAACAGGAAUUGGGAUUUAAAGACAUAUAAGGAGACAGACAAUGAGAAAAGUGUGGACUCAAAGACAGACGAGGACAGGAAGGAGGAUGUAAAGACAGGUGAGAAGAAAGAGGCCCCAAAGACUGGUGAGAAGAGGAACAGUGACGCAAAGAUUGUUAAAGACAGGAAAGAUUAUAUUGUGACAAACGAGGAAAAGAAUCAGACAGAUGAUAAGAUGAAAGAGGACGGAAAGACAGACAAGGACAGGAACGAGGAUAUAAACACAAACAAGGAUAGGAACGAGGCAAUCAAAGACCUGAGAGGGGACAAAAAGACAGACGAGGACUGGAACAAGGAUGCAAAGACAGCCGAUGAGAAGAAAGAGGAGAAAAAGAAGGAUGAGAACAGGAACAAGACUGAUAAAGAGAGGAAAGUUGAUAGGAUAACAAACGAGGAAAGGAAUAAAGACACAAAGACAGACAGGGACAGGAACAAGAAUGUAAAGCGGGACAAGGAGACGGGCGAGGUGAAGAAAGAGGACACAAAAACAGGUGAGAACACAAACAUGGAGGCCAAAACAGAUGCAAAGGAUGAAGAUGAGAACAGGAACAAGGACACAAAGACUGAUGAGGACAGGAAUGAUGUUACGAGGACAAAUAGGAAAAGCAAUGAGGACACAGAGACAGACGGGAGGAGGAAUGAGGAUACAGAGUCAGAUUAUGAGAGGAAAGAGGAAGAAAAGGAAGAUGAGAACAAGAACAAGAAUGUGAAGAUGGACAAGGUGGAAGAGGAGAAGAAAGAGAAUUCAAAGACAGGCAAGACCAGAGACACCCAGACAGAUGAGACAAAAGAGGUCACAAAAACAGAAAAGGACUGGAACGAGGCAGUUGAGGACCUGAAAGAGGACACAAUGGAGAGGAACAAGGAUGAAAAGAUGGAAAAAAAGGCAGACCAUGAGAAGAAUGAGGACUUAAAGACCGGCGAGAACAGAAACAAGAAUGCACAGACAGGUGAGGAGAGGAAAACUGAUACAAUGACAAAUGAGAAAAGUAAUGAGGACAAGAACAAGGCAGUUAAGGACCUGAAAGAGGACAUAAAGGCAGGUGAGAACAGGAACAAGGAUGUAAAGACAAGCAAGGACAGGAGAAAGUCUGCUGAAGACCUGAGAGAAGAUACAAAGACAGACAAGAAGAAAGAGGACUGGGAAGCAAAGACAGGAGAGCAGAAAGAGGACCUUAAGACAGACAAGGACAGGAACAACGAUGCCAAGACCAACAAGAACCAGAACGAGGACACCAUAACAGUCAUGGAGAGCAAAGAGGAAUUAAACAUGGACAAGGACAAGAACAGGUCUACACAGACAGAUAUGGAGGGGAAAGAUGAUAUGAACACUGAUGAUGAGAGAAAAGAGGACUCAAAAGCAGAUGAGAACAAGAAUAAGGACCUGCAGACAGACAAGGACUGGAACAAGGAGGCAAAGACAGGAAAGGAGAGAAAAGAGGGCUUGCAAACUGACAAGGACAGGAACACGGAUGAACAGACAGGCAAGGACAGAAACGAGGAAGCCAUGAGAGACAAAGACUGGAACAAAGAUGCACAAACAGACAAGGACAAGAGCAAGACAGGCGAGGACUGGAACAGGUAUUCAAAGACAGACAAGGACAGAAGCAAGGAUGCAAAGAAAGAUACGGACUGGAGCAGUGAUGCACAGACAGACAAGGACGGGAACAAGGAUGUGAAGACAGACAAUGAGAGGGAGGAAGAUUCAAAAAAAGACGAGAAGAACAGCGACACAAAGGCAGACGAGGACAGGAACAAGAAGGAAAAGACGGACACAAUCUGGAACGAGGAGGCCAAUACAGACAGGGAGAGGAAGAAGAACUUGGAGACAGAGAAGGACAGCAAGGAAGUGACUAAGAACAACAAAGUGAAGGUAGAUAGUGCAAAGACAGACAAGAACAAGGACAAGGAUAUGAAGACUGACAAGGAGACUCAAGAGGAAAAGAAGACAGACAACAAAAGGAAUGAAGACAGGAACCAGGAUGACAAGACCGACAUGGAGAAGGAAGACAACUUGAAGACAGAAAAGGGCAAGAACAAGGACACCAAGAGUGACAGGGAAAGGAAUGAGGACGUGAAGACAGACGAGACAGAAGGUGCAAAACCAGACCAAGUAGAUCAAAUGAGGCUACUUGAGAAUACAGCGGAGCAAACUGUGGGAGAAAUCGCAGGAGCGCUUGAGGGUGUUGAUCUUCAGCAACAGCAACAAGAAGCUGCGGUGGAAGACCAAGACAGAAGAAACAUGGCCGCCACGGAGGCCAGUUUCCUGUCACCAGAGGAGAUUGCGAACGCUAGUGACAGUGAAGUGUACCAUGCCGUACACUUCAUAUCAACGUUUCUGGAGCAGAGGCACUCGGCAGCGUCCCUAUGCAGCAUAACCACCGAGGUCCUGAAGGUUCUGAAUGCCACUGAGGAGCUGCUCCAGGGGGUGGAGGGCCGCGAAGGCCGUUGCCCCUCUGCCCACUCUUUGCCCGCCAACGCAGACCCCAAGGAACUAGAUCAGCAGUUCUCUGCGCUGGAAGAGAAAGUGUACAUGGCGGCGGGCUCGGUGUACGGUGUGGAGACCGAGCUCGGCGAACUGGAGGAGCGCGCCAGGGGCAUCUCGAGCGGCACGCCUGACACGGAGCUGUUUUUCCUGGAGGAGGAGGUGGCAUCGGCCGCCGCCAGGGUUCAGCAGUCGGAGCUACAGAUCAGCGACAUCUCGGCAAGGAUCGCAGCGCUGAGGAACGCCGGUCUGGACGUGGACCCGCAGUCCCGUUUCGCCAAGACGAGGACCGUCCCAGUCAUGCCUCACACGCUGAGCUCGUCCAGACAGCUGAGGAGACGACUGCCAGCGCUCCCACGUCCAGACCAGGAUGCAAGCGUAACGUCCUCAGUGGAGGCCAUGAAAUGAGAAGUGCAGCUGUACGAGUGGGCCGCCGUCACUGACCUCCAUGAAGAAGAGGCCGGCGCCGGACGUGGGGUGAUUGUACACGUAGACGAAUACCAGGUUGCCCGUCGCCAUGACGACCAUCACCACGACCACGCCCGCCAGCAGACCCGCCUGCUCCCGUUGGCCCGUGUCGUCGUCCUCGCCGCCCGCCGUGACAGCGCACGCGUGGAAACGUUACAUGUGUAUGUUACGUGAUAUAAAUGUUUAUAUCACAGAUUACAGAACAGUUUAUUACGCACAGCUACAUAAUCUGAAUGAGAUCUGAGACGCGCUGCACAUCAGCGCUCCAGUUCUGUCGGCGGCGCUUCUGGACUUUUCAGCAUUCAGCAAACUUUUGGCUCAUUGGCCUCAAUGCUAGCAGAUUUUUUCAAUUCAGAUCUGCACCAAAAUAUGAAGGAUUCUCUCGCUGACCGUGUGCCUUUUGCUGCUUUUGUAUCAUCCUGCAAAUAAACCAAAGAAAGUAACUCAAUAAGUAAAAAGACUGAACGCAGCCUCUUGCCUAAUAUUUCUAACUAACACUGAAAAUGUUCCGCUCUUGCAUUGGCUGGAGUACUUAAUGUGACUUACGUUUGCCAUUGAUGUGAAAUGCCACUUUUGCGUCAUCUCCA